CGGAAUCCGGCAAGAUGGAAACGCCCUUUCUUACCCAUUUAACACAAGAAGAUUAUAAGUUUGUUUAUGAAGCCUCUGAAGAUAGUUUUCUCCUUCUGGACGCUCUCGAGGAGGAUCUCCCACAGAUUAGGCAGCAAAAGCCACUUUUCUGUGUGGAGAUUGGGUCAGGUAGUGGUGUAAUUGUCACUGCCCUGGCCAAGAGUCUUUCCUCAUCUGCCCAUUGCGUUGGAAUCGAUGUUAAUCCAUAUGCUUGUAAGGCCACCAAAAAGACUUCUUUGGUCAAUGGAGCUUCUGUCGAUGUGACUACAAUGGAUUUAUUGAGUGGUUUUCGAUCGAAUUCAAUUGAUUUGCUUAUUUUCAAUCCUCCUUAUGUUCCAACGGAGGCCGAUGAGGAAGACUGCGAAGGUGGUGAGACUUUUUCUGGGUGUUUGGUAAAGUCUUGGGCAGGAGGGGAAGAUGGAUGUUCUACGGUGAAUCGUCUAUUGCCUACCUUGGUGGAGAAAUUAGCUCCAGCCUCGGUGUUCUAUCUUCUGCUCUUGCGCGAGAAUAAACCCAAAGAGUGGCUUAAGACAUUCCAGCAAUUCGGCUUCUCAGGCAGCAUCAUCAAAGAGAGAAAAAUUCGUGGAGAAUAUUUGUACAUUCUCAAGAUUGUGAGAUGCAAUUCAAUAAAGUAAUUAUCAUAUUUUA